AUGGCAGAGCCCAGGGCAUCCACAGACGAGGAGUCUGCUCCCCUCCUCCACAACGACACCCCCACCACCCGCUCCGACACCUUCGCAAGACCCCAGACCACCCGAGAGAAGCUCUUUGUCGGCCUCGCCAUCCUCUUCCUGCUCUUGACCAGCUUGUUUGUCGGCCUCUUUGCGAGCGCUGAACAAGCGUACAAGAAGGAGAAGGGCAAGCACAAUGGAGGCGAUGGCGGCGUAGGGUGGCACACCCUCACUGAGACUGAAACGGCCACACGGACCACUACAGAAGUCGCCAAGCCUACUGGGACCCCUGCUCCUACUGUUUGCCUCACCCCCGAAUGCGUCCAAUUGUCUGCGACGAUCCUUUCCUCGCUCAACACCUCUGUGGAUCCUUGUGAUGACUUUUACCAGUUUGCUACCGGUGGAUGGCAGGAAUCAAGCUCUAUUCCUGCUGAUAGGGGACUGUAUGGGGCGUUUAAUGAGGUCUCCGAUAACAACAAGAAAAUUAUUCUCAAAGUGCUGGACGCGAUCCCUUCAGACAAGCCUGGGAGGGAAGCCACUACUGAUGAGAAGAAUCUCUACAAGCUGAAAUCAGUCUACUCGAGCUGUAUCGACAUUGACGCUCUCAACGACGUAGGCGAGAAGCCCCUCUUGGAACUUGUUGAGCACAUCCUCAGCUCGUUUGGCGAAUUCGACUUGAUUCCUGCCCCUAAGGCUGAAGAUCUCAAAGAGGAGAACUUUUCUUAUGAUGGUGCCUAUGACGAGUCUUAUGAAGUAUCCAAGGAGCUCAAGGAGAGCGCCAUUGAGGUUGAAGAGAUGAAGGAGGCCAAGGAGCACGGUACUUUCCCUGAUCUGGCGGACAAGGAGCCGGAGGAGCUUGAUGCCGAGAAAGUCAAAUUCAGCGAAGACAGACGUCAGAGGAUCACCAAGACGCUUGCUUGGCUUCACUCCCGAGGUGUCCAGGGCUUGAUCAACUUUGAAAUCGAAGGUGAUGCCGGCGGUGAAGACUCGCAAAUCCAGAGUCUUUGGCUCUACCAAGCAAGUGGCGGUCUCCCUUCCAAGGAGUACUACGAUGAGGCUCCCAUCCUCGAUCUCUACCACUCCGUCAUCAGUGGCAUCCUCACCGAGAUUGCCAAGCACACUAGCGUCAAGAAGGACAAGGAGUCAAAGCGAGACUGGGCUGAAUUGAUCGACGUUGCACUUGAGGAGGCUGUGGCUGAGGUUGAAGACGAGUCUUGGCCUUGGCCUUGGCCUGGAAAGGGUGAGCCCGAACCCGAACCCGAGCCUGAGCCCAAACCCACUCCUCCCGAUGCAGAUGAGCCCAUCGACGAACGUAUUGACCGGCUCGCCCACAAGGUUCUUCAGUUUGAGAAAGACCUUGUCAAGGCCGGUGCCGAUCCCGAAAACUUGUUCAACCCCCACUUUGCCUACAACCCCUAUCCCACCCAGAACGUCAGCAAGGCUCUGCCCUUCCUUGAUAUCCCGACUUAUCUCUCCACCUUUGCGCCCAGGAAUUUCCCCGAGUCCAUCACUGUUACGCACCCGCCAUACCUCAAGGCUGUGACGCGAUUGGUAGAUGAAACUCCUGACUAUGUCUUGUCUGCCUACUUUACGACUCGCCUCGCACUCACUUAUGCCGAUGCCCUUGGUCCCAAGACCGUGAUUAGGCAAAACACUAGGAAGUUGCAGGAAGUCUUGAAGGGGAUUAAGAAGGGUACCGAGGAGAACAGGCAGGAUGUUUGCUUGGGAUGGGUGGAUGACAUUGUUGGUUUCAUUGCCGGACGAGAGUUCGUCCGCGAGGCAUUCUCCCCUGAAGCCAAGGAGGAAGGUGAAGGCAUUAUCAAGUCCAUCGUCAACGCCUUCAACGACAAGCUCCCUCAAAUCUCGUGGAUGGAUGCCGAGUCUGCCGCUGCCGCCCAAAAGAAGGCCAACGCCAUCAUUCCCAAGGUCGGAUACCCGCUCUUGCCUAACACGACCAAUCCCGAAAGCUUGGCUUCCUGGUACGGCAGGGUAGAAGUUAGUGAUCAGGACUUCUUUGGCAACGUUCUGCGAUCGACGCUUGUAGAGGAGUCGAGAGUCUGGCUCGGUUUGGGCCGACAGAGGAGCAGGAACAGCUGGGAGAUGUACCCCCAGACUGUGAAUGCCUACUACUCUCCUCCCGACGGCGAGAUCGUCUUCCCCGCCGGCAUCCUUCAACCUCCCUUCUAUUCCCAUGCUUGGCCCGCACACCUCAAAUAUGGCGCUUUCGGUGCCGUCGCCGCGCAUGAGCUCACACAUGCUUUCGACAACUCUGGUUCUCAAUACGACGAGCAAGGCCGCUUGAGGGACUGGUGGACCAAGCAGACUGUGAAAGACUUUGAGGAGCGCGCACAGUGUGUGGCCAGGCAGUACUCCAAGUUCUACGUCCUCGACGCGGAGGGCAAGAAGGUGUUUGUCAAUGGCAACUUGACCAAUGGCGAGGAUAUCGCCGAUUCUGGUCUUGCCCAGUCUUACACUGCUUGGAAGAGCUCGCUCUCUGCUGAUGCCAAGUCGGAGCGUCUUCCGGGACUCGACUACUCUGAUGACCAGCUGUUCUUCCUCGCCUUUGCGCGUGUGUGGGCGCAGCUGACGAGGCCCGCGACGGCGGUGUCGAGGGUGAGGACAGACCCGCACUCGCCCCCUUACUGGAGAGCUGUGGGGACGUUGAGGAACCUCGAAGCAUUCCAUGAGGCCUUUGGAUGCAAGGCUGGCAGUGGUAUGAACCCUCCCAAGGAGGAACAGUGUGAAUUGUGGUGA